CGUGUUCUUUUAUUUAACCUUUCUUUGCCUUGUGUUUCCUCACAACACUUUGUAAAAGUGUUUUAAAAUCAAAAUCUGAAAAUCUUAUCUCCUCUGUUAGAAUUUGCUAAUCUUCUCGUUCUAAACAAUCACUUAUAUUUCUAUAGGGCUUCACUUUUGGAAUAUAUAAUCAGAUACAAUCUAUUUAGGGUUUAAAUGGCGAAUCCAUGGUGGACAGGACAAGUGAAUCUCUCCAGUCUCGAAACGACGCCGCCGAGUUCCUCUCAGUUAAAGACACCAGAUCUCCACAUCUCCAUGAACAUGGCCAUGGUCUCAGGUCAUAACAACCACCAUCAUCAUCACCAAGAAGUCAACACCAACAACAACAACGAAGACGAUAGAGACAACUUGAGCGGCGACGACCGCGAGCCACGUGAAGGAGCCGUGGAAGCUCCCACGCGCCGACCACGUGGACGUCCUGCUGGUUCCAAGAACAAACCAAAGCCACCAAUCUUUGUCACGCGUGAUUCUCCAAACGCUCUCAAGAGCCAUGUCAUGGAGAUCGCUAGUGGGACUGAUGUCAUAGAAACCCUAGCUACUUUCGCUAGGCGGCGCCAACGUGGCAUCUGCAUCUUGAGCGGUAACGGCACGGUGGCUAACGUCACACUCCGUCAACCAUCAGUGGCUCCCGUUGCAGCUGCCCCUGGUGGUGCGGCUGUAUUGGCGUUACAAGGGAGGUUUGAGAUUCUUUCUCUAACCGGUUCUUUCUUACCUGGACCGGCUCCACCUGGAUCCACUGGUUUAACUAUUUACUUAGCUGGUGGUCAAGGUCAGGUUGUUGGAGGAAGCGUGGUGGGGGCAUUGAUGGCUGCUGGUCCGGUGAUGCUAAUCGCUGCCACGUUUUCUAAUGCGACUUAUGAGAGAUUACCUUUGGAUGAGGAAGAAGCGGCUGAAAGAGGUGGCGGUGGAAGCGACGGAGGAGUGGUUCCAGGGCAGCUCGGGGGCGUAGGUUCCCCGCUGAGUAGUGGUGGCGGUGGAGGCCACGGGAACCAAGGACUUCCCGCAUAUAAUAUGCCCGGAAACCUUGCUUCUAAUGGCGGUGGAGGAGGACAGAUGAGCGGCCAAGAAGCGUACGGUUGGGCUCAAGCUAGGUCAGGAUUUUAACGUGCGUUAAGAUGACUUUUUAUUUACAGCAGUUAACAAUAAAGAAUUACGUUAUGUCUAUUAUGAUAAUGAUUAUGAAAACUAGUUGCUACUAGUGAGCUAUAUAGUGUGUGGGUACAUUAUAUUAUGUUCUCUUGACUAGAUUAUUAUAUGCUAAAUUUCACUUACUUGUGUGUGGUUUAUGAUCUUUUAUUACAAGAUUUUCUCUUUGUUGGAUU